CCACGACUGAAGAAAUGGUAUGCAUAAGGUGACCAUCUUUUCCUGCUUGAAUGCAGCCAUAAGACAAAUAACUCCAGGAACCCUUCUUAGUCGUCCACCAUACUACUUUUCAAAAAAGUCUACUGUGUUCAAAACUUCUCAGCGCUGCGCAAACUUCGCCCGCAUUAGCAACAUGGCUACUCGUAACAAGAAUCUUCGAUCCCAUAUGGGCUACAAACAGCGCCGUAGACCUCAAGUCGCAACUCCAACGAGUCUUGACCAGCAGCAAGCCUUUCUAUCGUCUCUUCCCAACCUCCCUCCACCAUCCAUCGAGGUACCAAAAGAUACGCCUCGGUUUGCAGAGCUCCAUGGCAAGAAUGUCCUUGACCCAACCAUCCUGAACACCCUUACCAAUGAUCUUGGAUUUGAUCAUAUGAUGCCAGUCCAGGCUGCAACGCUGGAAUACCUGCUACAGGGGAAAGAUUGUUUGGCGCAGGCGAAGACGGGUACGGGCAAAACACUAGCUUUCCUGCUCCCUGCAAUAGCCACCAUCCUGAAGAACAGACCUCCACGAUUGUCCGCACUUAUCCUUUGUCCUACAAGAGAACUUGCGCUACAAAUUGCAGCCGAGGCCACGAAAGUUCUACAGAGAUCACCUCAAUGCAAGGUUGCGACAUCUAUAGGAGGGACGAGUAAGAACACGGAAGCUAGAAAUAUCCUCCGUGGUUGUGAUAUCCUUGUUGCUACACCCGGUAGAUUCUUGGAUCAUCUCAGCGAUGAGAAUGUGCAGGCUACAUUGGGCUCGCUGCAGACGCUCGUACUUGACGAGGCGGACCGUAUGCUGGAUAUGGGCUUUUUGCCAGACAUCAAAAGGAUACUAACUUAUCUUCCCAAACUCCCUCGACAAUCAAUGCUGUUCUCAGCCACUAUUGAUGAUCAAGUGAAGAAUGUCGCACACCUCUUCUUGAACAAGGACUAUGAAUUCAUCUCAACCAUCCCGGUGGGCGAGGCAAAUACCCACGAACGUGUUGACCAAUAUCUUGUUUUGACACCAAAUAUGAUUGAUCAUGCCCCUGCUAUGGUCUCUGUCGUUGGGGCAGAGUGUGCUACCACAGACCAAUUCAAGGCUAUCGUCUUCGCUCCUACAGCUGCUCAUGCUGACUUCUACGCCGAAGUCCUUGCUUCAUUCCGUACCCUGCCCAAAGUCUCGGUCCUACAUUCUCGCAUGACGCAGAGUAAGCGGACCCGAACCACGCAAGAUUUCCGACAAGCGACGAGUGCGAUAUGUGUGGCCACCGAUGUCAUUGCUCGUGGCAUGGACUUCCCGGGUGUCAGUCACGUGUUUCAGGUUGGACUACCUCCUGACAAGGAGUCGUACAUUCAUCGGCUGGGACGUACAGCACGCGCGGGGGCUGGGGGUCGGGGAAUUUUGGUACUCAGCGAAGCCGAAAAAAGUUUCUUGUAUCAAUUGAAGGGAAUCAGGAUUCAAAAUUAUCCAUCGGCUCUCCAGUACAAGAUCGAGGACAUCGAGCCCGCCUUGGCCGAUCUUCAGACCAAGCAGAAGGUUUAUCAAGCAUGGCUGGGUUAUUACAAGACAUUCUUGAAGGUGUUGAAAUGGUCAUCGGCUGAUCUUGUGCGCGAAGCGAAUCGAUUCGCACUUGACGGUCUUGACUGUCCUGAAGUGCCUGCGCUGGAGAAGUCUACCAUAGGCAAAAUGGGUCUCAAGGGAGUGACAGGGCUAGUGGUUGUACCGAACACUCCUGGAUCAAAUGCGCCUCAUCGUCGAGGUGGAGGCGAAGGACGACUAAGAGGUAGAGCUCCGGCCAGAUCUUGAUCCUGGAUAGGGCCUGCAAGUGAGCUUGUGCACAGGCAUUGCACGCAGAGCAAGGCUUCGCGACCUUCUGGUAGACCUUCUCCCGAAAUUCAUCGAUCCGACUAAGCGUGACUUGUGGCAAAGACUCGAAGCAGAGAGAGUCAUCGAAGCCUUCGAAAACGCUUAGUGGCCACCCAUGACUGAAAGUGAUGAUCUGGGCUGUCUUG